GGAAGUCAGCUUCUUUUCACCUCUCUGUCUUUUUCUUCCGCCAUCUUGCGCCCGAAUGAUCUUGUACAGAAUGCCUGGAGAAGCCACAGAAACAGUCCCAGCAACAGAACAGGAGCUGCCCCAGCCUCAGGCUGAGACAGUAGCUCCAGCUCCUGGGGCCCCGGUGGAAGCGAUGCUGGCAGUUGAGGAGUCCAGACCAGUUGACACCAAGAAUCCUGAGGUAGCAGGCAAGGAUUCUCAGGCUGGGACCGCUUUAGAAUGUUCAGCAUCAGCCAUUCCUGCUUCUUCCCCUGGUGCUACUGAAGCACCUCCAGUCUGUCCUCAGCCUCCCAUUCUAGCAUCAGCAGCUGUUUCCAGCUCCUCUAUUAAUAACAGUGUCCACCCUUCCUCUUCAUGCCAUGAUGCUAACUCUCCCCUUGCUGGCGUCUGUCCUUUUACUACCCCACCGGAACUGGUUCCUUCUGUCUCUUCAGUGCUAGCCACUCCUGGUGCUGCCUUGUCUUCUGCUGACUCAGUUAUGUUGCCUCAGACCCUUUCUCCCUUGAAACCACCAGUUUUGGCUGAUACAGUACCUGUUGAUUCAUCCCCAUCUCCGAGCAUUUCUUUAGAGCCUGUAGCUUCUCCCCCAGUCCCAGUAAUCUCCUCUGAAUCUCUUACUUCUGCUUCAUCACCAUCCCCUAUAAGCUCAGUAGGGACAACUUCUGCAGCCUCAGUUUCUCCAAUUCCAUCAUCUCCUUCUGUCCCAGCUCCUUUCAUUCUCCCAGUUGCUCCUGUUUCUCCUUCUAUGGCUACAGCUCCCAUUGUUGCCUCUGUUACUGCUGAAGUGCCAGGUCCUGCCACUCUGGCCUCACCUUCUACUACCACUCCUUCCCCCCUAAAUUCUGCAAGUGCUCCUGCCUUUUCACCAGCACUUUCUGUCCUUAACACGGCAACCCCUGCUCUUGGUCCAGUGGCUGACGCUUCAUCCUCUAUUCCCUCUCAUCAGUCAGUUUCUUCCAUACCCACAUCUCUUCCUCCUCUUCCUGACUCCAUGACCACUCAAAGUCCCAUCAUUUCUCCAAUGCCUGUAUCAAUUCCUGUAUACCCUGCAGGGUCACCUACAGAAUCUGUUUGUCAUCCUGUGACUCCUUUGGCACCUAUUUCCAACUCUGAGAUCCCCGCUUCCUUCCCUAAAGUUUCUGGGGCUGAUCCUUUGUCUCUAGUAGAGCUUGCUCCUGCAGUACAACCUGUAAAGUCUAUUUCCAGUCCUGAAUCCAAUCUCAUGGCCCCAGCAAGGCCUGCUUCUACACCAUUGUUACCUGAAGGUCCUCCUGGCAAACUUAUUGCACCUGUUUCCGGUCUUCUACCACCUGUGAAAUUGGCUUCUGCUCCUGCAGCCCCAGAAUUAUGCCCUGUGUCUGGUCCACUAUCUCUUUCUUCCCAGCCAGAGACUCCUGUUUUGGCACCUGUUUCCAACUCUGUGACUACUUCUCUAGACAAAGCAGUGCCAGCUUCUAAACAAGUGGCCCCUGCGAAAUCCCCUGUGAAACCUCCUCCUCCUCCUUCAGAAUGUGCUGCUAGUCCUAUAGCCACAGCAGGUCCAAUAAUGAAGCCCGCUUCUGAGUCUGUAUCCCCUUCUGGAGUCCCAGUAGGCCUUGUUUCUAGUUUUGUGCCACUUUCUUCAGAGCCAGAGAGUCCUUUUUCAACUCCUAUUUCUGGCUCUACUUCUCUAGGCACGGCAGUGUCUAAACCUAAAGAACUGGGUACAGUACUUUCCUCUGUGAAACCUGCUUCCCCUUCAGAACCUGUUUCUGAUGUGUCCUCAACAGGUUCUGUUCCUCUACCUCCAGUGCCCCCCAUGAAAUCUACUUCUUCAGUGCCUCUCCCUGAGCCCAUCGUCACUUCUGCAACACCAGCAGCACUUAUCUCUGCCCCACUGCUACCUGAAGGGCACCCUGUGAAAACUGUUUCUAGUCCUGUGGCUCCUACAAGACCCCCUGUGGAACCUGCUUCCCUUUCAGCAUCUGUUUCUAGUCCAAUAAUCCCUCCCACUGGCCCUUCACCCACUGUUUCCACGGUGGGUCCAUCUGUUUUGGAACUAGCUCCUGCUCCUUCAGUAUCUGCUUCUGGGUGUGUAAUUCCAGGGGUACCUGUUUCCCAACCUUCAGCUGUUUCCGGCCCCGUGGCUGCAGUAGAGUCUGCUCUUGUCUCAUUGGCACCUGCUGUGAAAUCAUUUCCAACUUCUGAACUUGCUUCUGGCUCUUUGGCUAUGACAGAGCCUGUUUCUAGUCCUGUAACAUCUGCUGCCCAUACUCCUGCACCUGUUUCUGGAUCUACCACCCUUCCUGUGGCCUCAGCAGGGGUUACUCCUAGCUCAUUGGUACCUGCCUCCCAUCCAGCAGCAGCUGCUCAGGAACCUCUUUCUGAAUAUCAGGCAUCACCUAUGGUUGUAGCAGAGACUGCUUCUACUCCAGUGACACCUGCUGCUGCUGCCCCCACAACUUUUCCUGUGGGCCCAGCAAUGCCAGUUUCUCACCCUGCACCCUCUACAGUGCCUUCUGUGGUGUCUGCACCAGUGACCCUUCCUGGAACCCCUGCUGCUUCUGUUAAACAAUUUGCCUCUCCUGACCCAGUAGCCUCUGUCAUCCCUCCUCCUGGCAUUGCAGCUCUGUCUUCCCCAUUGGCUUCUCCCAUUUCAUCUGCAGCAGUGUUUUCUGUUCCAGUGACACUUAGUUCUGUCUCUAGCCCCAAAUUGCCAGCUGUCCCUGUUAGUUCCACUAUCUCAGCCUUGGACAUGACCCAGGUUUCCAUUUCAGCUGGCGAUGUGAUGCCUUCCCAGAAAAUGGCACCUUUGCCUCUUGCACCUGCCGAUCUCUCUGUUUCUAUUCCUCCUGUUGCAAGCAGUCUCACUCAGCCUGCUUCUCCUGCACCCUCCCCUUCUACCCCUGUGAAAAAGCUAGAUCCUUCCUCUGUGCUUCCCAAGCCAUCCCCAGUUGCACCUGGUUUAGCACCUGAAGUGACUCCCAGCCCUAUCUCUACUACCCUUGAAGACGAUGAGCUGCCACCUUUGAUCCCUCCAGAGGCACAUGUUGAGGAGUCACCCCUGCAACCAGUCCUGGUGGACUUCUCUCCUAAACCAGCUGUGCCCCUUGCUGAGGUUCCAGCAACUGCUCCUUUACCUCCUCCUCCUGCCAAACAGCCUUCCCCGAAGAAUGACAAGGGUUCUGGGACGGAAUCCGACAGUGAUGAAUCAGUGCCAGAACUUGAAGAACAGGACUCCACGCAGGCCACUACACAGCAGGCACAGCUUGCAGCAGCAGCUGAGAUAGAUGAAGAACCAGUUAGCAAAGCAAAACAGAGCCGGAGUGAAAAGAAAGCACGAAAGGCAAUGUCCAAACUUGGCCUUCGUCAGGUCACAGGUGUAACCAGAGUUACCAUCAGGAAAUCCAAAAACAUUCUCUUUGUCAUCACCAAGCCAGAUGUAUAUAAAAGUCCUGCAUCAGAUACCUAUAUAGUAUUUGGAGAAGCAAAGAUUGAAGAUCUCUCUCAGCAAGCACAGCUGGCUGCUGCUGAGAAAUUCAAAGUGCAAGGAGAAGCUAUUUCAAACAUUCAGGAAAACACACAGACUCCUACUGUACAAGAAGAAAGCGAAGAGGAGGAGGUUGACGAGACUGGCGUUGAGGUGAAAGACAUCGAGUUAGUUAUGUCCCAAGCAAAUGUUUCCCGGGCUAAAGCCGUUCGUGCCCUGAAGAAUAACAGUAACGAUAUCGUAAAUGCAAUUAUGGAAUUGACGAUGUAGCCAUCCAGAAAGGACUUUUUGGUGUUACAGAGAAGAGUAAAUUGCAUCUGAAUUGAAUAUUUGUACUAUUUCUAUCAGUUAAUAAAAGUUGUGGUUUAAAAGAU